AUGAAUGAUUUACAUUCCGUAUAUGCAAAUAUGAGCGAAAAAGACAAAAAGAUUAUUUCAGAAAAAUUAAUAAAUAUACUUGAUAAUUUUCACGAUACAAAUAAAUGCCAUGUUUCUGAAUUUGUUGUUGUAAGUAGAACGCGUUUUUUAAAGUCAAUUAGCAAUAAUGGCGAAUUUCUGCUGUUGCAAUCGUCUUCCCGAUUAAUAAGCAAUUAUGAAAGCAUUUUAAGGUUAUUAUAUAAAUCAAAAGUGUAUUUAGAAUGUGUUAAGUGUUUACAGUCUAGAAUUGAUAAUUUAGACAAAAAUAAAAAACAAGAAGAUGAAAUUUUAACAUUUAUUAAUUAUUUAGAAGCAAAAAAAAAAAAAUAUUAUUAUUAUAUAUGUGGAACAUUAAUAAAAUAUAUUAUUACAUCACUCAAAAAAAAUGACAAUGUUUUAGGAAAUGAUUGUAAUAAUACAGAUUUAAAAAAAAAUGAAAAAAACAACAUUGAUGUGUAUGAUAAAACUGGUAUUAAUAUAGAUGAUAAACCUAAUGAUUCAAACAUACGUGAAACCAAUAAAUUAAAUAAUAAUGACGAAAAAAGUAUUAUUGAGCCUUUUAAUGAAUUAGAAGAAUAUGGAAAUUAUUUAUGUAAUGUAUUAAAUCAAAUGGAUAGUAAAUCAUGGAAAGAUAAAAAGUAUGAAGAAUAUUUAAAGAUGAUAAGUUUAAAUGAUGAAAUUAUAAUUGAGGAACAUGAUAAAAAUGACACAUCAGAAAUUUCUAGCUUUGCAAAUAUUGCAAAGGCUCCAAAUAAUAUGAUAUUGCUACCAAAAUAUUUAGAAAAUGUAAGAAAUUCUAUAUAUAAUCAUCAAAAUAAAUCAAUAUUGGAAGUUAAAUUUAUGGUAGAAAAUGCUAUGAGUAAUAAUUCAAAAUCCCCUUUAUUUAAAACAGGUAAAAUCACAAGUGAAAUGAUUCCUUCUCCUGAUUAUGAAAAAUAUGGUUUUAGUACAAAAUAUGAUUCUUUAAAUAAAUCAGAUAAUACUUCAUUAGUACAAGACAUGAUAUUCAAAUUUUUUAACCUUAGUAAAAAUAAAAAAAAUGAUUUUAUAUCAUCAAAUGAAUAUUAUAUUAACAUUUUUGAUGUUUUUAAUAUAAUUUUUAAAGGAAUAAAUUCUAUGAAAAUUGAAAAUGAAGAAAUUCAUAUAUUUCUUAAGCAAUUAUUGAUUAACACAAAGCUAAAUUAUUCUUAUAUUCUUAAUAAAAAAUUAGAAGAUAAACAAUCCUUAAAUAUUGAAAAACAAAAUAAUAUUAUUUCCACAUUAAAUAUAUAUAAAAAUUCAAAUAUUUGCAAAGAAGUAUUAAAAUAUGCGAUUGGAAAUAAUGACAUAGCAUUAACAUUAACAGUUGUAGACACAUUUUUAACAAUAGCUAUAUAUGAAAAUUCUCUCAAAGAAAUAGUUAAUUUUCUUAAUACAAUUGCGGAAUGCAUAAUUAUCCCUUAUUUAAGAUCUGAAAUUUUAUCAUUUUACAAAAAAAAUUAUAGUGAAAGUGUACCAUCAGGGGGCAAAAUAGAUAAUUUAAUUGACUACAACAAGACAAUACCGAACAAAAAUAAAAUUAAUAGUGAUAAAAAUAAUAGAAUUAGCGCUAAUAUAAUCAAUGAAAAUAAUAAUAGUGAGCAUUUAGUAAAUUAUACAAAUUUUCAGAAAUUUAUAUGCAAAAUCCCGCUGCAUGAAUAUGAAUCCUUGAAAUUGUUAGAAUUAUUUUCAUUGCAGUAUCCAAUGUUUUUGAAAAUUAAUAACACCUCGAAAAGACAUUUAAAAGAUAUACCUAAACCUUGUGGAUAUUCUACAAAUAUACUUCCAUCACAUGGAUCAUAUAUAUUUCAAGUCGUUGUUUCAUUUGAAAUUGAUAAUUCUAUAAAAGUAUUAGAUGAGCAAGGAUCUAAGUGUAAAAUUUUGUUUCAAUUAAAUGAAGACGACGAUAUUAGCAAUAAUACAAAUGACGGCAAUAAUCAAUGCAAUAAAUAUAAUAUAUUGGAGAUUAAUUUUAUUAAAAACUAUAUGUAUACAAAAUUAAUAAAGCCCACAAAAUCCAUCAAUGAACAAGAAUAUUUUCCCCAAGAAUUAGAUGAAAAUAGUUGUGGCAAUAAUAAUAGUUCAUUAAAAGUCCAAAAUAAUAAUAAUGAAAUUUGCAAAAAAUAUAAAAAUAAAGAUACAACUAAGCAAGUGAAUGCAUAUGAUGUAACAAAUAUGAAUGCAAUUAUAUUUGAUAUAUUAGUUGAUCAAGGAUGCUACAAUAAUGAUAACAAUAGCAUUUCCGAUUUCCAGAAUAAUCACGGUAAAAUAGUUAUUUAUUCAAACGGAAAGCAUUUAUUAACAACAAAUAUUAAAAAAAAUUCUUCUUCUUCUUUUGAUAAUAAAAUAUUCACGAGUAAUAGUAUCAGCUUAAAAGUGUAUGCUUCUCACACAUGUAAUAUUGAAUUUCCAAAUGAAUAUUCAUGGUCUGCAGCAUUUGUUGAUGAAUUAGUAAACAGAAAAUUGCUUCCAGAUGUAAAUAAUGAUUUUCUAUUUAAAAACUCAAUUAAUAUAAUAGAGCUCUAUAAUAAAGUCUCUAUUGCAUUAAAUCGCUAUAUAUACCACUUUUGUAAUUGGGCUGAUGAUGAUUAUAAAAAAAUAAUAGAAAAGGAAACAACAUAUAAAUUAUAUAAUAGUAUAGACAUUUUAACUUUUGAAUCAUUAAUUAAAUACACCGAAAACAAUAAUAAAAUUCUCAAAAAAUUAUAUAAGUUAUCAUGCAUGUGUGUAUCGGAAAAAAUUAAUAGUAAUAAUGAAAAUAAACAUAUUACAGACAAUGCAAAUUGCAUAAAUGGCUACAAUGGACCAGUAAAGAAAUAUCGAGAAUAUUUAUAUGAGUGGAAUAAAAUAUCGGAUUCCCAUAUAUGUGCAUUAAGUAUUCUGAAAUUAUAUUUAAAGAAUAACAUAGACACAUAUAAUAUUAGGAUAGAAAACAAUGAACAAUUUUAUUCAUUAUCAGAACGAUUAAUAUUAGCAUUUUUAAAAAUAAUUAAAUUAGAAACACCAUUUGUAAAUAUAAAAGAAUUUUUUGUAAAUGAAUAUUAUGAAAUGGAAGAAUUAGACUUAAAUGGUGUUUUAUGGUUAUUGCGAAGGAAUGUAUUCCAAAUACUUUUAGAGGCGGACAAAAUAAUUAUAAGUAAUAUAUUUAUGAGAAUAAACAUUGAUAUUAUUUUGAAGCUACUAAAGUUUUUUUCAGAAAAUAAUAUAUUAGAUUCACAUAUGAUUUUGAAGUUAUUGAAAUCUUUAGAACAUAAAGGGAUUUUAGAAAUUAUGAUGAAACGAAUGCUAAGUGCACCAUACAGUAACCAUUACGACAGUUCCAUUGAUGAUAGUUACCAUAGUAAUUAUAAUGAUAAAUAUCAUUAUAAUACCCACAACUAUAACACAAGUGAAAAUAAUUAUGAUGCCAGAUAUCAAAAUAUAAGUUCCCCCACUUUUUCAUCAUCAUCAUGCAGCAGUUCUAGUUUUUAUAAUAUAAACGGAAACUAUUUGAAUGAAUUUAAUACGCCCCUUAAAAAGGAAGAAAAAACAAAGAAACGAAAAUAUUAUGAAGAAAAUAAGCAUGAAAUAGAAAGAUAUGGAAAAAGAAAAAGAAAUUCUCGAUUUAGAAUAAUAGACAAUACAUAUUUUGGCGUUUUUGUUGAAGAAUUAAUUUUAUUAAUAAAUAAUCAAACAAGUGAUGCAAUAAAUAUACCGGUUGUGCAGCACAAUGAUGAAAAUGAUUUUUUAAUUGAAAACAAGACAUGUGAAUUUAUACAUAAAUUAUGUUUUUUUUAUGAAAGUGAACCACAAAAAGAAAUAUUAUCAAAUUAUAAAUAUUUUGAUUUCUGUAUAAAAAUAAUUAAUGAAAUAAAACAAAAAAAUACCAAUGUAAGUAAUGCAAGUGAAGUUGCAUCUAUUUUCUUCCGAGGUAUUGUAUUAAUGCUAACGACACAUAUAUUGACAAUAGUAACAGAAUAUGAAUCAGAAAAAGCCUUUUUAUAUCAACCAGUUAUUCCAUUUUAUAACUUACAUAAUAAAAUGUCAAAAAAUAAAUUUCUAAAUAAAGAAAAUAAUAAUAUUAGUAUGCAAUUAUCCAAUCCAGAAUAUGUAGUAAACAAUAUAAACCAAACAGAUUUUAUGGAAAACAAUUUUGAGAAUUCUCCAAUUUUAAAAAAUCAAUAUUUAUAUAAUUCAGGUGGCUUUUUCGAAGAUAAUCUUAGUUAUAAUAGUAAACAUUCUAGUUAUAUAUGUUCGGAUUUGUCUUUCCUUAACAAUGAUAAUUCGAAUAUUUUAAAAUAUGAAAAAUGUAGAGAAGAAAAAAAUAUGUGGAUGCCUUUAAUUUCUACUGAAUCCCCAGGAUUGAUUGAUAAUGCCUUAUCAAAUUCAGACGACUCUGGUACACAUGGAUUGUGUGUAAAUAAAAAUAAUCCAUCACUUUUUAUUGCCAAUAGUAUAGAAAAUAUAUGUAAUAGUAAUAGAAAUGAUAAAAGUGAUAAAAAGAAAGGAAAAAAACAUAAUACCAAAAAAGACAAGCAUACAAUAUUUCCAGAAUACAGUUAUAACUCUGAUGAAUCUGAUGAAUUUUAUAUUAGAAAAAAGUUACAAGAUUUUUAUGAUAAAAAUGGUGAUUCGAUAGCCUUUAAAACACAAAUGAAUGAUGUUAUUCAUCGUUUAGCUAAAAAGAAAAAUUAUGAUAAGAAUAGCAAAAAAUUGAAAAAAAUUAAAAAAAAAAUAAUAAAGUAUGUAACUGAUUCAAAUAAAUUAAGUUUUAUCUUCUCUCUUUUGGAAGAAAUAUUGAAAAUCAUGCUAUCAGUUGGUUUACGAGUUUUGUCUAGUAUUUCAUAUCAUUAUUUAUAUGAAAAAAAUGGCAUGCACAAAUUUAUACACAUAUUUGGAUCAAAAAUGAUUAGAAAUGGAUUAAAUGAAAAAAUGAAUUUUCUUCAAUUAUGUGAAAAUAUGAUUAAACCUAAAAGAUUAACGCUAUUACAAUCAUGUAAUUUCAUUAUAAGCGGAAUUAUUCCAUGCUUAGGAUAUGUUACAAAUUUGUUCGCUGAAAAAAAAAUUAACAAAUACUCAUAUAUAAAAGAAUUAAAAAAUCAUUUGUCUUUAAAAAUGGCUUUAAAUAUUUGGCCAAUGUUUUUAAAAAUAACAUUACAAGGAUUGUUAACAUCAAGACACUUAUCUUUUGAAAUGUCAGUGCAUAAAGAUAAUUUACAUCCCAUCGCAGAAUGUUGUAUAAGUAUUACAAGUUUAGCUACUCACUUCUUAACAUUCUUCACUAUUAUGUCAGAUAACCUAAGCAAAUAUGAAAUAUACGUGAACAUGCGAAAAAAUUUAAAAGAUUCAUCUAAUUCAUAUCCAAUACCAUUGAUUUUAAUUGAUGCAGCAAAAUAUAUUCGCAUAUCGUCAAAAAAAAAUAAAUAUUUUGAUUUUGAAAAAGCUAUAAGAACUAUAUUACUACAACUUACAGAUUGUUCUGUAUGUGAUUAUGAAAAUUAUGUUUUUAAUCACUAUGUAAUUCCUCAAAGUAUAUCAAGAUUUUUAUCAAUAACAAAAAAUACAUGUGAAGAUAAUUACACAGAUAGUUACUCACCUAAUAAUAUAAUAAUAAAUGAAUCGAAUCACUAUGAUAACUUUAAUAAGACAAGCCUGUCUGUAGGAAAGGAAUGUAUUAACGCAUAUAAACCAUCAUAUGAUAAUGAAAAUAAUAUAUCUCAAAAUUUAAAAUCAGAUAGUUAUAAAAUUAAAACAGAAAAAAUACAAUUUUCUGCACAGGAUGAGAAGUGUAAUCCUGUAAAUAAACGAAGCAUAGAAUUUUUACAUAAAUUAUUGAAAAACGAUAAUGAUGCUAUUAAAGAUUUAGGAAAAUUUUAUAAUGUAUUUCAUAAAAAUUUUGAAAGAGUGCAAAUAGCAUUUGUUGCUGUAUUUUUGUAUCUUAUUGGUUAUAAUCAUAUAGAAAACAAUGAAGAUUCAAAAAAUACACAAAAUGAAUUAAUUAAUGAGGGUAAUGAAUAUAAUUCAUCUUUAAAAGAAACAUUAGAAAUAAAGAAAAUAACAAUAGCUUGCAAUUUAGCUAGACAGGGUGUCAUUGAUUUAAUAGCAAAAAGUCAGACACAAAAUAAUAAAAAAAAUGAAGAAAAUAAAUCAUUGAACAAAUCAAAAAAUGGUAAUAAAAGUUAUAAUAGUAUGGAAUCUAUUGAAUUUGAUAAUAAAUCAUAUGAUGGUAUCAAAAAUAUAAAAAAUGAUUAUGUAAAUCGCGUAGAUAACAACGAACAUAACAAUUGUAAUAAUAGUAAUAUAUCUAAUGAACUUCAUCUAGAUAAAGAUGCAACAUCAUAUAAUGAAAAACAGUCUUUUAAUUCAGAAAAUAUCUAUAAAUAUGGAUUAGAUUAUACACAAAUUUCACUAGAUAACGCAGACGAAAAAAGUAGUAAUAAAACUAAUGAAUCAGUAACAAUUGAUUUAAUUAAAAUAAAAAGAGAAAAACAAAUAAAUAAAAUUAUAAAGAAAUGUGAAUGGAUAAUGAACACAUAUCCAUAUGGAUUAUGCCCAGUAAUAGUAAUUGAUAACUAUUCUCAUGAAUGGGAUGAACAUUUUGUAUUUAUGAGAAGAAAUUCUUAUGAUAUACCUGUUACUAUAAGAAAAUUAUAUUCCGAUCGUAGCGAUUAUCAAUUAGUACAAGAAGCUGCAACUGUACCAGCAUUUACUAGUUCAUUAAAAACAAAUAUGUCAUCUUUGUGUUAUAUUGACAAUUUAUUUAGAAAUCAAAAUCGAAUGUAUGAUAAAAUAGAAUGUAUGCAAUUUAGCACAGAAACAAUUUUUGGUAAAAAUACUACAAGGAACAUGUGCCACUUGAAAAGAUUAUUAAGAACAUAUAAAAGAAAUAAUAUUUUAAAAGAAUCCAAUAAUAUUUACUUAAAAUAUAAUAGAGAUAGUAUAGAUAAUAGUAUGAUUGAUCAUAUUAUUAAGGCGCAAAAAUAUUCUAAUAGUUUUCAAAUUUGUGAUAGCACUAACUAUUACACGAAUUAUUAUAUUCCAGAAAAACAUAACCCUAGCUAUAUGAACAUUUUAAGAAAUGAUAGUAUUAAUUAUGAAAAUAACAAUAACAUCAACGAUGGAGAACUUUGCUUAAAUAAUCAAAAUAAUAAGAAUUAUAUUUAUCAGCAAGAGUGUAAUAAUAUUCUUGUCGAUGAAUUAAAUUACAACGCUACGAAUAAUAAAUCAAAUCGUUGUAUAUAUUCCCAAAAACUUUUAGAUGAAAAUGAUUUCAUGACCCAAGAUAUUAAUAAUAAUAUCAACAACUUGGAUAAAAACACAUAUUAUACUACAAAAAAUAGUAGUAGUUUUUUGGAAUAUGAUUGCAACUCGUCUUUUUUUAAUUUACAUGGUAUAUUUAAUAAAAAUAAUAUAAUCACUAAAUCGAAAUCAAGCAAUUUUAUCAGUAAUAAUGAAAAAAUACCUUUAUAUCUUGAUGAUAUGAAAAGUGAUCAAUAUUUGAAAAAUAUAAAAAAUUAUCCAUCUUUUGAUUAUAUUAAAAAUAGAUAUAAUUCUAUGAAUUCUGAAAAUAUGACCAUAGACAAUAUAGUAGAUCAUACAUUUGACUACAAUUAUACUACCCAAUUAAAAGAAAUAUUAAACUUUUUAAUUAAUGAUAUUGAACUUGAAACGGUUUUAAAUAUCAUAAGAAUAGAGCAACUGACCCAUUUAUGUAGAUAUUUAAUUAGUCGAAGUUUAAAAUCAAUGUUAUGUGCAGGAAUAUUUGGAGGAAUAAAAAAUCCAAUAGUAAAUAUGAAAAAAAAUAAAAAAGAUCAAAAUGAGCAAUCACAAAAAGAUUGUUAUAAUUAUAAUUCUGAUUAUAUUCAGAAAAAAAAGAAAAAAAUUAAUUAUAAUGAAAAAAAUAUAGAUGACUUUAAUAAUCAAUCCAUAUCAAAUGAAUACGAUCAGACACAAUCAAAUAACGCGCAAGAAAAUAAUAAAACAGAUAAUUACAUUAUAUUAAAAAAAAAAAAGAGAUCACCAUCAUUGUGUGAAGGUAAUAAAUUAAGUUUAUAUACAGAUAAAAGGAAAUAUAAAAAGCUUGGUGCAUUGAAUUAUAAAUAUGAUAAUAAUAAGAUAAAAAGAGACAUAUUUAAGUUAUUAAAACAAAAAUCGGAAAAAAGUACACAAUGGCCUGUUAUUCUAGAUUUGCUUGUUCCUUCUCUAAGUAGAGGAACAUAUAAUGAAUGCAAUAGGACAAUUUCAAACGUUGAACCAUCUUUAUUUUCUGUACAAAAUUAUGGAUGGAUGCUUUUGAAAUUAUUGCAUAUUAUAAUUAUAAAAUUUAGAAAUAUAACCCCAUUGAAAAAUGUAAUAAACGUAAUGAACGAAAACAACAGAACUACAAACGGAUCAUAUUCAUAUAUGAAGGAUAAAAUUUCACAUAACUAUUGGUUUACUCAGCCAAUGGAAUACGCUCUUUCCUUUACAUUAACGGAUAUAACAAAAAGUAUAUGCAUUUGGUAUUUAAGAUAUAAUAGAAAAAUGAUAAUGAAUUCGGCAAAUUUUUCGCAAAUUAUAAAAAAUUCUAUGAACACGUUAUGGAUAGAAAGUGUUUUACGAUUAAUAGCUUUACAGAUAUGUUUGAAAGUAAAACCAUUGAAUGAUAGUAGAUAUGUUGUACCAUUCUUAUAUCAUAUGUUAACAAUAUGUCAGCCACUAUUGCGUGAAGUGCAUGUAAAUUUUGAACAAUAUAAAAAGACAAUUAAUUCUGUAAAUAAAAAACAACCAUUUAUGAAUCAUAAUAGUUCUAAAUUUAAAUUAAUAUGCUCACAUUGUUGCAAACCUGUUAAAAAUAUGUCAGGAAUCGUUAAUUUCAAAUCAACUCCAAUGAAAGAUAACAUUAAAAAUAAUAAUAUAAAUGAAAAAAUAGAUAGAAAAAUGGACGAACAAAAUAAUGAAGAAAAGAAAAAUGGACAUGAUGUCAAAGGAUACAUACAUUCUGAAAGAAUAGUUAAAAAACCAAAGCAAAUAAAACAAAGAAUACCAAUAGUACGAAAUUACAACUCUUUAGAACAUGAAAAUGCAAUCUUAUUAGAUAAUGUAAUUACAGGAGUUAUUAUUUAUCAUGAGUAUGUUGAUAAUAAUGAGCAUAUAGAUAAAGCUUUAAUAUUAGAAAAUUUAAAGGGUUUCGAAAUAACAAAAGAAUAUUUCCACAAAAAUCAAUACUUGGCUUUGUGUGUACAACAAUACAAAAAUUCUUCUCGAUAUACCUUGCCAUUAAAAAAUCUAAAUAAAUCUAUAAAACAUAUAAAACAAAAUUUAUUUCAAAAUGUGAACAAUAAAAUAAAUUCAUGCUUUUGGUCCAUAAGUGGUGAUCCUGUAUAUAAUAUAUAUGGAAAUUCUAGAACAAUAUCCGAUGUGCAACUAGAAAUAUAUGAUAAUAUGAAUCACGAUACUAAUUUAAAAUCAUUUUUUAUGAAAAACAAUUUUGAAUUAGAAUUUUCAAUUAACACAGAUACUAACGAUGUAGUAAACAUUUGGGUGAAAAAAAAAUCAAUUAUUAUAAAUGAGACAAUCGAAUGUGUGGAUCCCUCGGAGUUAGAAUAUAUAAGUCCAUAUUGUAAAAAGGACGAAUUAAUUGAUGAAGACAAGCCAUUAAAAAGAAAGAAACCACGAAAAAGCCAACACAACGAUGAAGAUAUGGUAAUAAAUACAUCAAGUAGUUGCAAUAAUAAUAUUAAUAAAUAUGGUUAUGAAAACUAUAAUUAUUAUAAUAAUGAUGAUAAUAAAAAUUAUGAAAAUACAAAUGAAGAACAUAUUUGUGAAUGUAUAAAAUCUUCAAUGGGCAUAGAACAUGCUUCUAAUGAUAAUAAUAACGAUGAUUCAUGCAAAAAUAGUGAAAGUGAUUAUUUUGAUGAUUAUGAAAACUUAAAUUAUAUAAAACUAAAAACUAUAAGUUGGAAUUUGAUUAAAACAAUUUUGUGGGGAAUAAUUGUUUCUGGAGAAAAUACAGAAAAUGAUAAAUCGUAUAAUAAUAUAUCUAAUGAGAGUAGUACAAAAAGUGUGAAAGGAAAACAUUGUAAUAUCAUCUAUGAUAUGUAUGAUGAAUAUAAAAAUAAUUAUAAUGAUUUUAAAUCUAAUUUCAAUACAGCUCAAAGAAAAAAUCUUAUAGAAUCAGUUUUAAAAAUGAUAAUGUCUGUUUUAAUAAAAUUAUGCAACAUUGUAAAAUUAUAUAAAGAUUUAACAAAAAAUAAAAAGGGUUCAUUUUACAUUAUUAUUAAUAAUACGAAAAUAAGCAAACACCAAGUAAAUGAUUGUGAAAAAAUGAUUAGUGAUUUUAUGCAUUCUUUAAUCAGUUGCAUUCAAAAUUCAUCAACUGGUGCAAUGAUAUUACUAAGGUGCUUUUUACUAGGUCAAGAUAAUCCUACAUAUUGCUUUAAAAAAUUAUCAAACCUUAAAAUAAAUUGUAACUUUUAUAAACUAAUUACUGAGUGUAUAAAGAAGGCUCCUGAUGAUGCUGAUGAUAUUACGGUUUUUUUUAACAAAUAUUUUGAUCAAUAUAUAUUAAAUAAUUAUAAUGAUGUAAUGGAAAAUGAAUAUAUAAGCAAUACACAAAAGGAUAAUAAUAAAAUUAGUAAAAUAUCAUUAAAAGACAACAUUAUUAAUGCUAAUUAUAAUAAUAACAAUAUGUUUUUAAAUGGAAAUUAUGAUAAUUUUAUAAAAGACAAAGGAAAAAACAUUAAAAUAUCAAAUAUUUUGCAUAAAAAUUAUGAUACUAAUAAUAUAAAAAAUAAUAAUUAUAAACAAGGAAAAAUACAAGGUUUGUUUUUACUCAGAUGCUUACCCCCCAUAAAAUUGUUUCCAAAGCAAUUGAUUCAUCAGGAAGCAAGAAAAUUAUUUCCUAAAGGAAAAAAUACUUUUGAUGAAAACACCAAAAAUUCAACAUCUAAAAAAGAUGAUACCAAUAAUUCUUCAAAUAAUAGUACUAAUGAUAAUAGUAAAGAUGAAAGUAUGGAUAAUUUUAUUAGCUCUAGAGAUAACUUUGAAUCUAUAUAUCAUCAAAUGGAUAUGAAUGAAUCAAGUAAUGAAUGUGAUUCACAAUACCGAAGUACACAAAAUAUAUUAGGCUUAAUACCUAGGAUAUCAUAUAGAAAUCAUCCAUUUCACGAUUUGCCCCAAUCUGAAUUUUUUAUGUCAGCUAGAUCAUCCGAUGACUUUGAAACACAAAUGGAAGGAAGAACAUUACGAGUUUUACGUGGUUUAAACCUAGGAGGUGUCGUUUUAUGUUUAGCACCACUUACAUUUCCAGCAUUAAAUGUUGGCCCUAAUGAAGUUAAUGAUAUAAUUAAUUUUCGUAUUCAAACAAGAGGUCGUUUUGGUGUUACGGUGGCACCUGCUGAAUGCGUACUUUCUAACGUUUCUGAAGUUUUUGAUAGAAAUGAUGUGGUUGGAUUUCGUACAAGCACAUGCCAGCCAUUUAGCCAUGAUGUAUUUGCAGCAAAUGUCCAAUAUGAAUUAGGUGAUCUUUUAAGUGUGAAAUUUAACGUAGAAGAUCAACAAAAUCAAAAGUGUUUAAGAACCGAACUUAUGGUUUCAGGAGUUAGUAUCGGAUCUGUUUUAGAAGUUUUAUUUGAAUCUGAUUCACAAAUUGAAUUUGAAAGACGAAUGAAUUUAAUUUUUAUUUUCCAAGACCCUAUGACUAUUUUGUAUGAAGGUCCAACAUUUACUAUGGACUAUGUCGACCCAACUACAAUAGAUUCAAAAAAUUAUAGAAAUAAUAAUAAAAAUUUAGAUGAAGAAUAUUUAAAUGAAUAUUAUUCCUUGACUGGAUGCAAAAAGAAAAAUUUUGAAAAAAAAUUAAAUAAAAUGUCUUUGAAGAAAAAAGAAUUCUAUGAAUCCGUAAAAUUAUACCAGUCAAUUCUUGGAUCAGAUAAUGAAAUUUUAAAAGGAUUAAAACAAGAAUUAAUAACAAGGAUGAGUAACACACUAACUAAAAUAUCUUAUAGUUUGGAAAAAAAUUCAUCUAAUCUGUAUUCGGAAAAUGAAAUUACAAAUGAUUUAUUUGUAGUUCAAAAAUCGAAGAAAAUAAAAUUAUUUAAUUCUAUUCGAUCAAUAGAAAAAAAUAAAAAUAAUAACAAUAGUCUAGAAAACAAUCAUAAAAAUGAAGAAAUUUCACAUAUAGACAAGGAUAAUUAUGAUGGUAGCAAUUAUAGUAGCAGUACAAAUAACAAUAGCUCAGAUCAUGGCAGUAAUAUUGAGAGUUUUAUUAAAAUAAAUAGAACUGAAAUUGAAAAAAAUAAAUCAUCCGAAGACUACUUAUUAUUCGAAUGUGAUAUCCCAGAUAAGAGAAGCCAUCAUACCAAUGAAGAAAAUAAUAUGAAUUUAUUAUAUUCAAAUGGAUAUAUAAAACGUAAAAUUAAUAUAAAUAAAAUAGUUAGAGAAAUAUUAUCUAUUAUUUGCAUUUUUGGGUUAACUAUAGAAAACAAGGAAAAAGCACCAAGUGAAAAUGAUAAAAAAAAAGAAAAGAAAAAACUCAACUUUUAUGAUGAACUUCCUUGGUUAAGUAGUUUAUCGGAAUUAAAGCAUUCUGUAGCUUAUUCUUUAGAUAUGAAAUGUAUUGAACUUUUUUUUUGUAAAUUGGUAGAUAUUAUAUGCAGUGAAUUCUUUGUAAAUUCUAUUUUUAAUUUUAUUACUAGCAAAUAUAAAGCAAAAAAUAAAUGUAAUUAUGAAGAUAAUAAUGGAGUCGAUAAAAACAAUAUUAAUAGUAUAAAAGGAGAAUCAAAAAAAAAGAAAAAAAGUAUAUAUCCAUUAAGAAAAUCAAGAUCAAAAAAUGAUAUAAUAGACACAGAAAAUAAUUUAUAUAAUAUGAGUAGCAGUGAAAAAAAUGAAAAUUCUGUCAACACGAACAGUCCAAAUAAUAGCGGUUCUAUGAAUAAUAAUGGUACACAAGAUGAAAAUAUGAAAAUGGAUUCCAUUUUUAUAGAUGAAUCCGGCUCAUCAGAAUCUUAUAGAAAUAAUUUUGAAAAUACAAAAAGUAAGGAAAUUAGUGAUGAUACAAAUGAUAAUGGCAAUAAUAAUAAAUGUGAAGACGAAUUGAAUUAUAAAAAAUUAAAUAUAUUCAAUGAUAAUAAAAAUAAUUUCUUUGAGUAUACUAUAUGUUUAAUAGCAACAAAAUCAGUUAUGUGUUGUUGUAUUUUAUUAAGAACGCUACUUGAAAUGAAUUCAGAUGGAAUUUAUGAACCUGAUAAAAAUGUUUAUGGGUCAUUUAAAAAGUUAUUAAAUUUUAUUAAAGUAUUUAAUUUUAUAGAUAUUGGAAUAAGUGAUAUAUUAAUUAAACAUUUUGCAAAAAAUAAUUCAAUUAAUAUUGAAAGGAUUUUUGGAAAAAAUAAAAAAGAUAAUUUCCAAAAUAGUUUUAAUAAUGCUGUCCCAUCCACAUCUUUUGUCCACAACUUCUUUGUAAAUGAGUCAAAUUCCAAAAAUUCAAAACACAAAAUAAAUAAUUCAUAUAAUGAAGACACACCAUCACAUAUAUAUCAUUCUAAUAAUUCAAAUUAUUUUAAAUUAAUAAAAAAUGAUGGAAUAAAUAAAUUUGGUGAUAAAAAAGAAAAUAUUAAUAUGAUAGAAAUAUUGAAACAUUGUGGAAUACCAUUUGAGUUUUUACAACAUUUUAAUCUAUAUCCUCCAGAAAUCAAAAGCCAACAAGUAAUAACGCAAAAUGAUUCAAUUGAUUUAUGGACAUAUAUAUUAAAUAUUUUAGUUUGCUUUAAUUCUCAAAAUACUUAUUCAUUAAGCUUUCCACAUAAUAAUAUUAAUUUAACUUCUAAUUCAUUAAAAGAUACACUUUUUGACUUUGAGUAUUCUAAUAAAUAUCUUUCAAAAAAAAUUGCUAGUGCAUCCGCUAAUUUUUAUGCUGGUUAUGUUUUAAAAAAAUAUUUAAUAGACCUUUGUUGUGUAAUGACACUAUUAUUCCCUAAAUUGUUUAUGGAUGAGUUAAAAACAAGUUUAAAAAAUAUCAAUUAUGGCAAGAAAGUUAAGGAAGGAAUAAAUGGAAUUUAUGACCAUAAUGAUAAUAAUACUCUUGAAAGAUGUAAGCAACGACCCAUAAUAAAAAAAGGUGAAAUAAUUGAAAGACGUAGUAAGCGUAAUAAAAAGAAAGUUAUAAAAAUAAUAAAUAACAGCAAAGCAAAUAAGCAUGCCAAACAUACUAUAAAAGACGAAGAUGAUUCUAAUAUAUCAUAUAAAGAUAGCACGUCAUUAAAUAAUACAGAAGAAGCAAGUUUAGACUUCGUUAACGAUAAAACAAUUAUUGAAGGAAAUUAUUAUGGUAUAGAAGAAACAAAGGAAGAUAAUGUUUUAUGGAAUAAUAAUGAUGGUAUAAAAAAUCAAAAUAUUAAGGGAAAUUUCAAUAUUAAAUCAUACUUACAUAAAAAGAAUAAAAAUAAACUAAAUAAUAAAAUAAAUAAUAUUGGCCAAUUAUUUAAUUUAGGAUUAAAACAUAAAGACGAAAUUUUAAAUAUUUUUAGUAUUAUUUAUCUAUUCCGUAUGUGUGUUUAUUAUCUUAGUAGGAAUAAAGAUUUUAGAAAAGAAGAUUAUUGGCAAAAGUUUCAGGGACAAUUAAGAAAUGCAAAAAUAAAAGAAAAUGUGUAUAAAUUAAUUAAUGAAAAGAGUUAUAAAUAUUCGAUUUUAUAUGGAUGGCAAAGAAUAUUUUAUAAAUCUGUUGUUACAUGGAAAGAUAAAAAGUUAGUAAAUCAGCUGCUAUUAAUAAUUCAAUGUGAAUUAUUAUACCAUUUAAUAGGUUCUAUUGUCCAAUGUAUUUCACAAAAGAGAGUUAAAGUAGAAAAUUUCCAUGCAAUUUCGCCUUCCGUACAUGUAGCACAUUGGUUAUUAGAUACAUUUAUUAGACAUCCAUUAUGUCCAUCACAAAUACGUUCAAGUUGUGUUACACCUAUUUCAGUUGCAUCAUUAUUUGGAUUAAUUGUUAAUGGAAGCCGCCUUCCUAUAAUUCUUGGUAUAGAUGUAUGCAGAUUGGUUUAUUGGUCUUGUGUUACUUAUAUAAUGCAAAAUAGAACAACUCAAAAAAAUUAUAAACAAUUGUUGAAUAUAGACAUGCUAACUCAAUUUAAUUUACCCACUGAAAACUUCGAUAAUAUUAUUAAUGACACUAUAUAUAACGAACAUGAUACCUAUCAUGUAAUAAACAAAACAACACAAACAAGCCGAGAAUCCCAAAUCACAUAUAAUAAUAUAAAAAAUAAAUAUCAAAGAAUAAAAUGUAAUUAUAAUGAAUUUUUAAAUUAUCUAUUUAAUUGUGUAAAUAUUUUUGGAUCUUCGGUUUUUAAUCAAAUUAUUAAAUUAAAUGAAGAAAACGGUUAUAAAAUCAAUAAUAGUAGUAAAAAUAAAUACGAUGAGACAAAUAAUAAUAGUAAUAGUGGUAAUGCUCGAAAUAACAAUGAUAAUGUCAACAAUAUUAUAGAUAACUUAAAUAACAACAUUAAUGAUAUAUUGAAUUGCAUACAAAACUCAUCUAAUAAUCGAAUAUUAAAUAAUAAUUUUAGUGGAAUUAAUAGUGCAAGCAAUGAAACAAUAUACAAUUUAAAUGCUACUAAUAGAGCAAGUCCAAAUAUUUCUUCGAACAAUAUUAAUAAUAAUGGUUUACAAGAAAAUACAGAAGCAGCUAACGAUGGUCACAAUGCCAAUAAUGAAUCACCACAAAAUACAUUAUAUAUAAAUUCAGCUACUAAUAAUGGAAUGAAUGGAAAAAAAUUAUCACACAAUGUAUAUAACUUCGAUUUAUUUAAUAAUAAAGAAAAAGGAACACAUGAUCCUUUAAAAGUUAAUGCUUCAUUACUUAUCCAUUAUUUUGCUUGUGCUGCAUAUUAUAUUAAAAAAAUUGAUGUAUUUAAUAAAAUGAAAUUUAGCAACGAGCCGAUAUAUAAUAAUUUUAAGCAAUAUUGUUUAUAUUUGUAUGUCGUUGACCAUGUAUCUAAAAUUUAUUAUAAAAAUGUAAGGAGCUUUAAUACGAGUGAAUGCACAAAAGGCUAUGUUAAUAAAAGUAUUAACGACGAUCCAACAACAUGUAUGCAUGGAAAUACAGAAAACCAAACUGAACCACAAACAGAUGAAAAAAACAUAUUUCCUCAAGGACAAAAUGAUGAAAUAAUUAACAAUUUGACAUUAAAUAAUUCAAUAAACAUUAAUGAUAAUAAAUUAAAAAAUAAAUCAACAUAUAUAGACAAUAAAAAUAUUGUUCCUUUCGGCAAUAAUAAAUUAAUGGAUAUGAAAUAUAUGAAUACCAUUUUUGCAGACAAUUAUGAGGGAAAUUAUCCAGAAAUGUUUGCUCAAGAUGUAUUACAGUUAAAAAAAACCGUUUCAGCUAAUAUUAUAAUAGAUAUUAAUAAAAAAGUUCAUCACAUAUCUUCUCCUAAUUCAGAAGUCAUUAAAUUAAAAAUAAACGAUAUGUUUCCAGUACCAAUAGAAAAUAAUAAGAAAGCUGAAAAUGAUAAUACUAAUUUUAGUGAAAAUAGUAGUAAUAUAUAUAAUUCGGAUAUGGAGAAAAUUAUCAAAUCAAAUAAAAACUAUAAAGACAAAAUCAAUAGCAGUUCAUUAAAGAAAACAACUAUGAAUAGACCUAAUGUAGUGUUUAGUGCAGACAACGAUUUUAAUUAUAUUUUACAUGAGAUAAAAUAUAAUAAAAUACAAACUUUUAAAUAUAUUGCUUCAAAUUCGAUCGAUACAAAUUUAAAAAUUAAUAAUAUGAAUAAUUUUAAGUUAGGCUCUCAUAUUGAAAUAACUAACAUCCACAAAUUGGCAGACCCAUUAAUAUUAAUAGGGGAUUCCUAUCUAUACUCUGGAACGACACAUUCAUCUUCCUUUACUAUAUCUAUUUCAUUAAAUAAUAAUACAAGUUAUGUAUUUGAUAAUAUUCAAAAAUUAAUGAAUGUAAAAAUAGGUAUUCUAAGCAUAAAGAGAAAAUACGACAAUAUGAAUGAUAUAUCAGUGUCAGAAUGUGACAAUACAAUUGAUAGUGAUAAAAAAGAAUAUAGUAACCACAAAGUCACAAUAAAUAAUGAAGAUAACAAAGCAAAUGCCCCAGAAAAACGUCAUAGAUUAAGUAAUAUUUCUCUCGCUAAUUAUAAGAACAUUUGCCCUAAAUCUAUUAAAAUCGAUGGAAUAUUCAGAUACUCCUCUUAUUUUCCAAAAAGCAUCGAAAAGAAAGUAUUUACUAAUAAAUCAAGAAAGAGCGAUAUUAAUAAUAAUAUUGUUAAUACUGAUGCUAAUAAUGAUGAAUCUUCUCCUAAAAAUGACAUUGCUUAUUUUUGUGAGGUUAAUAGGAAGCAUAAUGAAAAAUGUAAUGACACUAAUAAAACCUUCGAAGAUGGAAACGAAAUUGAUAAAUAUAAUGAUAUUAGCAUAAAAGAUGAAUAUAUAAAUAUUAAUAGCAAUAGUAAUAUUAAUAGUGUUGAAAACGAUAAUGAUAACAAUAAAGUAGAUGAUAAUGAUAAUAAAAAGAAAAUCGACACAGAUAUAUUCCCUGGUAAUCUAAAUGAAAAAAAUACACAAAAUAUUAAUUUAGUCAAAUGUGAGAAUAACUAUAUAACUUAUGAUAUUUUCAAUGAUAAAGUUUAUUCGAAAGGAUUUAUUGCUGAUGAUGUUCUAGAGAAAUUAAAAUCAUCUAUAGUAAAUAAAACAACUAAAAUAACUAUUACCGUCAAAAUAAUUGGUAAACAAAUAGUGUGGAUUGCAAAUGAUAUAUGUUUAAUGAAACAUGAAUUUAAUAUUGAUUUUAUGAACUUCGUACCUCUUAUUAUAGUAGAACCUUUAACAGAAAAUAAAAUGACAGAUGAACUAAACAAUAACUCGGGCAUGUCUAAUUUAUCUUUGCAUCUUAAAUUUAUAGAUACAAAUGAAAAAGUUUUUUCUUCAUCAUUAUCAAAUUUUUAUCUUAAAUUUGAAGAUACUCAUAAAAUUAAAUACAAAAAUAACUGCUUUGAUAAAAAUAAUAUAUGGGAACAUAUUAAAAAUUUAUGGAAUCCUAAAUGUUUUAUUUUUCCUGAUAAUAGAGGUACAACAGAAAAUGCGACUAUAGGAGAAACCGUUAAACAACAAAAUAUAUUUCCAUUAAUAAUACCAAAAUUAAAUAAUGAAAUUAUAGUAAAAUUAUGUAAUACAAAACAAAAGCACCAGAUUAUUUCUUGGAGAAAUUAUAAUACAAAUUCAUUUUUUUUAACCCCAAACAUCAAAAUUCAAAGCGGAUUGAUAAGCAGUUCUUAUUAUAUAUAUGGAAGAAAUUUUCACGGAAAAAAAUCGAAAAUUUUAUCCCUAGAUAAUCUCAAAAAUGUUAGAAAUGUACCAAUUAUGAAUUAUUACGGGUUUGAUAAGUCAAGUAGACAUAAAGAACCGAAUAUAAAGAAUUUGGAAUCAUUAAAUAAUGGUGAAUUUAAAAAUCCAAAAACGUAUUUAAGUAUUCAAAAUAUAUCUAAUAUGCAAAAACCAUAUACUAAAAUAUCAAACACAAAUACAAAUAUUAAUGUAAUCAAAGAAAAUUUCAACAAAAAAGUGAAAGGCGAUUUAAAUCUGACUAGUCAUUUAGAUAAGAUAUAUAAAAAUGAAUUUAUUGAAAUAAAUAAAAGAGGAAAACACGAUAAUUCAUAUAUUUCUUUAUCACAUGAUAAUAAAAAUAUUGAAAAAUAUAGAAAACAUAUAAAUAGUAAUUUAGCUUCAAAAACAAGCAUAUAUGAAUUAGAUGAGAUUAACAAAAAGCAAUAUACAUCAUAUUAUAAUGAAUCUAUACAAGAAUGUGUUGGAAGGAAUGUAAUUCAUAGUAAUUGUAUAAAUGAUUAUUUUACUAGAGGUAGUAAUGACAAUAAUUUACAUAUAAGAUAUAAACUUAAUAGUUUACCUAAAUUAAAAAAAGACUUAUACAAUAUAAAAUAUAGUUCAAUACAAGAAAUUAAUAAUGUAAUUCAAAGUGAUAAUAAUAUAGAAAAAUCAUACGAGCCUAUUCACGAAGAUAAGCUUGACAAUUGCAAUAAUCUUUGUAUGUAUUAUGUAGGAUGCAAAGAAUUUAAAUCAUGCAUAGAUGCUUAUGACUCUGUAUUUCCUGCAAAACAUUUUAUUUUUAAUUGUACUGUCAAAAUUAAUGAACAUGAUACUAUUAAUAAUUCAGAUGACAUUAAUAAUUCUGUUGGUAUAGUAUGGGGAAUUUAUCGUUGGUUGUGGAAAAGUAAUGGUACUUUUAUUUGUCCAUUGAAUCUUCCUUUACCUACUUCUGAGCUUCCGUCUGACAAAAUAGAAGAAUGUGAAUUGCAAGUACCAGGAUUUAAAAAUAAUGACAAUUUGUGUAUUGAAUUCGAACCAUUAUAUCAAAGCUUAUUUUUCUACAAAAAUGGAUUCUAUGAAUUUGGUUUCAAAUUUGAUACAUUUUAUAACUAUAGAAAUAUGAAUAAAUCACUAUUUUGUGACAAAUUUAAGGAAAUAAAAACGAAAGAAUUUCAAAAUGCGGAAAAAAAGGCACACAUUUCCAGUAAUACUAACAAUGUAAAUUGUGUUGAUUUAGGAUCAAUUAAAAAUGAGCUAAAUAAACGUAAAAAUGAACCCAAUGAUAUGAAUUACGAACAAAAAGACAAUGAAAAGAUUCUAACAGAAAAGGACGAUAAAUAUGAUAAUUAUGAAAGUUCGAAUGCCUUAAUAAAUGAAUCAUUAAAUUUGACAUCUAGACCACGACGAAAUAUCACAUAUACAAAUAACUCUUUAGAAAAAAAAUCUAAUAAAAAAAUUAGUGGAAUAACACACUAUAGCAUAAAAACAAAAGAUAGAAAAGUAUAUCAAGAUGUGCAUAGUAAAAAAAACGAUACUAUUAUCUAUAAUAGCGAUAACAACACGUGUGAAGAUAAUGAAGAAGAAUAUCGUAAAAAUCAAAUGCUAACAAGAAUUAAAAAUCAUGUUAAUAUGAUUAAAUUAUAUAAUUCAUUAUUAUUAAAUGAUUGCGAUAAUGUUACUUCUAUUUUGGAAAAUAAUUCUGAACUAUUAAUGAAAUCUGAUGAAAAUAAACCAGAAAUAUCAUUUGAUCAUUAUGAAAUGAACCAAGAAGGCUUUUCAUGUGAGCUUAUAUCAUCAAUGAAGAAUAUUAUAUAUGAAAAGCAUUUAACACCGCUAAUAUUAGCAUGCAGAAUAGGUUGUGAAAGUUGUGUUAAAAAAUUAAUAAAACUUGGUAAAGUUAAUCCUAAUUCUUCUUGUUAUAAACUGGAUAAAGAAACACCUUUAAUGGUAGCAGCGCAAUGUGGACAUAUCAGAAUCGUAUCUAUGCUUGUGUGUGUAUAUGGUGUACAAAUUAAUAAACGAGAUUCUAAAGGAAAUACUGCUUUGCAUAAAGUUAUAUUAGAUUCAUGUAAUAGUGAAGAAAAAGGUGAUAUUAUAAAAAUGGUUCAAACUUUAUUAAAAUUAGGCGCUGAUCCUACUAUCAUGAAUAAAAAAGGAAUGUCUGUUGAAAAUUUAGCAGAAAAAGGAAUAAUUAAAAACAAAAAAUUAGAAAAUAUUUUAAAAAUUUGGAUUAAAUUAUCAUCAAAAAAUACCAAAAAAGGAAAAAAUUUUUAUAUUAAUGAAGAGUUUAUUCCUGGUCUCCUUUCAAAUUGUUCAGUAGCUGUUGGGUUUAAUGCAAAUCAAAAAAGUUCUUACAAAAGUUUCUCAGUAAAAAUCAAUUCUUUUGUCAUAGGUGGAGAAGAAUUGAUAACUGAAAAGGUUUUGAAUCAUUCUAAGAAUAGCCAAAUAAGUUGGAGCGAUGCUAAUGGAUAUGAAUAUAAUUUUUAUGAUGAAAAUAGACAAACUUUAAAAACGAAGAGUAAGCCUCAUUACACUGAUGAUUCUUUACAAAAUAACCAUAUAAUAAAUUUAUUCAAUAUUGGUAAAAAUAAAAAAGAAGAAAAAGAAAAUAACAGUAAAGUUUCAGAAGACAUAAACUCAUAUCAAUCAUAUUAUUUACUUGAUAAGAAAGGAAAUAAAGAAAAUGAAUUAAAAACAAUGAAAAAGAAAACCAAAGGAGUAUCUAUAAAAAAUAAAAUUAAAAAAAUUACUAAUAAAGAAUGUGAAAUUAAUACAUUAUAUAAUAAAUAUGAUAAAAAUUGCAUCGGAAAUGAUAACAUUAUAGAAUUUGCAGAAGCUAAUAAUGAUGCAAUAAUUUUACAAAAGGACUAUUUAAUAGGAAUGGACAAUCAUGCAAAUAAAAAUAAUUAUGAAGACAUAAAUAACAACCACAUCAAUGCUAUAUUUAAUCAUAUUGUUAUCCACCCUUGUAUUGAUGACGAAUUUGUAAAUGAUACUGAGUUUUAUGAUAAACAACAAAAUGAUAAAAAAGAAAAAAAUAAUAUUUUACAUCUGAAUGAUAUAAAUAAAAUGAAUCAUAAUAAAUUAAAUUUUGAUCAUGUUGAGAACAAUAAUUGUGAAUAUAACCUUGUAUUUUCGAAAUUUAAAACAGAGUCCUAUAACUAUCAAUACUUGCAUGAAAGUCUUUUAGAAUUUAUAAACAAAUCUGGUAUAUUUUCAGAUAUUCUAAAAAAUACCGGUUAUUUAGAUGCAAAAAAAAUAAGUAGUAUUCCUAAAUUAGAAGAAUUAAAUAGUAUAUUAACCAAGGUUAAAAAUGAAGAUGAUUUAAUUAUAGGAUUUGAAAAAUUUUUAGAAUUAUUUGAUGCACUUUGUAUGGAUAAAAAAUUAAAAUAUUUAUUAAAUAUGGAUAUAAAAAAGAAUAUAGAAAAAUAUAGUUCCUUAUUAGAUUUAGGUUAUAUGCUAUUAAAAAUAGAUAUAUAUUGCACCAUAUUUAACAGCUUCAAACAUAAAUGGUCUAAUGAUGUGCAUGAGCAAUGGAAGAAAAACUUAUUAAAAAAAAUGGGUAUUUUAAAUGAAUUCCAUGAUAUAAAAUGGAUAACAGAUUCAUAUACAUUUUUUAAAUAUGAGAGUGAUGUAUUAGAAUCAGCAACAAUUAUUAAUAAAGCAUUGCAAAGCAACGACCACUUUUUAUUUUACAAUAAUUUAAUAAACACAAUUAAUGAUAAAAAUAUGUUAUUAAAUAUGGCUUUACAUGAUUCAUGCUUAUUUAAUGAAAUUUUUAAAAGUAGAGAUGUAAAUAAUGAAAAUAGAGGGCUAUUUUUAUCUGAUUUAUAUUCAAAAAAAUCAUUCUUAAGGGAUUACAUUUUCCAAGAGAAUAGUAACAAUAAUGAUGUAAAUGAGCAAGACAAAUAUUCAAAUUAUUUACGGGGAUAUACUAUAAAUAAAAAAGACAAAUCAAAGAAAGAACUUUAUUUUGUUCCUAAUAUUCCUGACGAACAGUUCGAUGAAAAUAAAAACAAAGCAAAAUCACGAACAAAUAAUAUAAAUGAUAAACAUACUCAUAUAACAGAUUCUGCACAAUGUAUACCAUUGUUUAGAAUUUUUAGCGAAAUGCAUAAUAGUAAUAGCGAUUUGAAUAGUGUAACAAAUAAUAUGCAUUAUAUUACUAAUGAAAAUGAAAUUGAUAAUUAUGGAUUAGACAAUAUAGAUGAUUCAAUAAGUGAACGAAUCAAUGAAAAAGAAAAGAAUAGUGAAAACGAAAAUAUGAAUUUUGCUUCAUGCAACCAUUCUUCUGAUCACCACGAAAGAAUAAGCUAUAACCAGAUUGAAACUAAUAUAGAAUCAUAUAAUAUAGACAACGAUGCAAAAUGCAAUAACACCAAAAAGGAUAUUUUGAAAAGUAAUGACGAUAUUAAACAACGAGAUAACAAAAUGGCUAAGCAAAGCUCUAUACGAUCAAUUAAUUUAGAUAUAUUAGGUGAAAGUAAUAGUAACACUAGAAAGGACCUUGAUAAUAAUAACAUAAACAAUAUUGGUAGCAAUAGAAGAGCAAAUAAUAGAAAAAAAAGUCAAUUGAACAUUAAAAAGCAAGAAAGAGAAACACAUAUCAAGUUUGAAAACAAUUUUACAGAAGAUAUGUCUAGUUAUAAUAAUUUGUCCUUUGAUACAUUAAAAAAAAAUACUAACUGUGGAAAAGAAAGUAAAAAUAAAAAUUAUAUUAAUGAAAAAGAAAAAAGGGGCAGCUCGAGUAUAUUAGGAAAUAUAAAUGAAUCAGGUAAAAAUUAUGAUAAAGAAAAUAACAAACUGAAUGAUGUAAAUAAAAAGAACAAAAAAUAUAAGAAAGAUAAAUAUGUUUCAGUAAGUGAUACAAAUGAUUCAUGUAAUUAUAUAUAUGAAGACAAUUUAAAUAAAAAAAAUAUGCAUGAAAAUGAUAUCUAUUAUGAAGGGGAUUAUAUAGAAUAUGAUAAAAAAGAAGAAAGAGACUUUAAAUUAUUAUGUGAAAUAGAGUUAAUAUCUAAGCCAAAUGAAAAUGAAUUAAUCAGAGAAGAAUGUAAUAAAAUAUGGCCAUAUACAUUAGAUAUAUAUAUUUUGCAUAUAUAUGAUUUAAUAAGUAGCUAUAUGGAUUCCCCCGAAAAAUUAAGUCUUUUUGUUUAUCAUGCAUUUGAUAUAGAAAAAAUAAAGAAGAAAUUACCAAGUAAAACAUCACAAUUAUGGAAAAGAAUAAAUAUAUCUUUAGACGAAUUUAUUGAAGAAAUUAAAAAAGUUCACAAUUUUACAAUGAGGGUAAUAUAUCAAAAUAACUAUAAAAAAUAUGGUGCUUUCCCUCCAAACUUUAAGAAGUAUUUUACUCUUUCUGAAGAAUGUUUAAAAAAUAUUGCAAAAAAUAAAAUGGUUAUGACAGUAGAUUAUUAUAAAAAUCAUGUAUAUGAGCAAAAUAAAAAUACAUUUUUAAAAAUUAUACAAGAUCGUAUAUCAUUGUUAAAUGUGUUUAAUAAUUAUUUUGAAAAUUGUUUACCAAUUUCAGCAGUUUUGUUUAAUAAGCCUGUUGUACAUUUAGAAGAGCAUGGAUUACGUACCUUGGAAUGCCCGUUAUGCUUUUUUAGUAGCAACGAUAGAUAUUUGCCAUGGAACGAAACAAAUUUAAAAAAAUAUAAUGGAAUAUACAAUUUUAGUAGUUAUUUACUUAAUCUUAACAAAUGUGACAAUAUUAAAGAUGCCACCAAAAAUAUCUCACAGAAAAUUAAUGACGACUAUCAGUUUUCAUUUACAAAUGAUAGUGAUAAUAAUUAUUUUGACAAUAAUGAUAAAAUUAUUGAUGAAAAAACUACUACAAAUAACAAUUUAAGCUGUAUAAAGCAUUGUAAAAAUGGAUAUUAUUCUAAUAAGAUGGUUUUAGGAAUGGGUUCUUCUGAUUUGCCUAUUCAAUUGUCUUCAUAUUUAUUUGUUAAGAAACUACUUAAGCAUGAUACUGUUUCAAAAUUAUGGAAAGAAUGUAUUAAAAAUAUUACUUCAGCAAGUCCAGAAAAAUCUAAUUUAACAUUAAAAAUAGAUAGAGGUAUGGCAGCAACUGCUAAAAACAUUACCCAUUCGAUGUGGUAUCAAAGUACAUUUUCAUUAUUAAAUAUGGAUACACAUAAACUUAGAAGAAAACCAAGAGAUAGACCUUUUAUGGUAGUAUUUAUUGGAGAAGGUGCAACUGAUUUCGGUGGUCCAUUUCAUGAAUAUCUUUCAUCUAUAUCAAGAGAAGUUAUGGGAAAAUUAUCGGAUUCUCCAGAUAAAAGUUUACCAAUGUUUCAAUUAUGUAUACCAUGCCCGAAUUAUACACAAGCAAUUGGAGAACGUCAAGACACUGUAAUUAUAAAUCCCAAAACUAGUCCUUAUUCGAUUCAAGAGGCAGAUUAUGUUGGAGAAAUAGAUAUAAUUGAUAAGUUAGAAAAUUAUAGAUGGCAAAUAUUGCAAGCAUAUAAUUCUAUUAAAAGUAUUAAAAAGAAGUUGCACAAACCACAAUUUAUGAAAUCUCAAACGUAUAAAAACAAAGAUGAGAACAAAUUAUAUGAAGAAAAUUUAAAAGAGAAUGCAAAUCAAGAUUAUGAAUUGUACGCAAUGCAAGCUGAUGAAAACGGAAAUGAUCAUAAUGGGGAACCCAAUAAUAACAUAAAUGAGUGUAGCGGAGAACAUGUAUACUUAAAGAAUAACAGUUUAAUUUCUAAAGAAAGUUCAUUUGAUAACGAAUAUGCUAAUAUCAAUGAAAAUCCUAAUGAAAAUGGAAAGCAUCUUAUGACAAAUGGGCAAUGUGUUUACACAGAAUGCAGUAAUGACGAUAUGCAUAAUGCAAAAAAAGGUUCACCAAAAAAGAAAAAAGGAAAUAAAAAUAAUAAAUCAUGCUCUAAAAAUAAGAACUAUAGCUAUUUAUUGAAUAGUAAAAAAUCGGUAACUUUUGAAAAACUGGAAAAUGAAAAUCAAACAGAUAGUUCUUCAAAUAAUAAAUGUGAUAGAUAUUCGUCAUUUGAAUCUAAUUUCCCCACCGACUCUGUAUUUGAAAUUAUUAAUAAUACAUCAUUAAAAACAAUAAGAAAUUUUAUUAACAAAAUUUUAAAAAAAAAUGAUAAGGAUAAUGACAAAUCAACAUUAUAUAAUAAAACAGACCAAAAUGACGAAUUUAAAAACAUACAAAAUAAAGGAGAUAAUUCUACUACUACUAAUAAUGGACAAAAUAGUGAGAAUAUAGGAUAUGAUGAAAAAACUAUUAAAGCCAUGGAAUUAGCUAUGUAUGAAUCUUUAGGUAGAAUUAUGGGAAUGUGUAUUUGUAUUGCAUCUCCAUUAAAUAUAUGCUUUAACCCUAUAAUAUGGAAAAAGGUAUCUGGAAUUCCAUUAGAAUUACAAGAUUUAUGUGAUUAUGAUCUGGUUGCAGUAGAAAUGCUAAAGACAUUAAAAAUGCUAAACUCUGAAAAAAAAGAUGUGUGGAAUACUGAACUGACAUACUCUUUAGGAGAUAUGACAUUUAUGACUGAAGAUUCAGGUGGCAAUUCAAUUGAACUUAUAAAAAAUGGAAUGAAUGUACCGAUAAACUUUGAUAAUCUAGAUUUAUUCAUUAAAUUAAUGACAAAAUGUAAAAUGAAUGAGUCAUCAAAAGGAAUUACAUAUUUAUUAAAAGGUUUUAGUUCAGUAAUACCUUUAGGAAGAUUAAGAUUAUUAUAUGAUUUUACUGAUAUCGAGCAUAUGGUUUGUGGCGAAAGAGAAAUUAAUUUAGGUGUUUUAAAAGCACAUACUUGGUUUAAUGAUUUAAAAAUGAAAGAUAAACUUUUUGCAGUUUUAGAAAAAUUUACUAAUGAGCAAUUACAAUCAUUUCUUAGAUUUGUUUCGGGUCGUUCAAGAUUGCCUACAACAAAAAAUGAUUGGCAUAUGAUCAUAGAUGUAGAGAAUACCAAUAAUAAUACUAAUGACGUCGACCAAAGACUGCCUACAGCUGUUACAUGUGGAUUCCGAUUGCUAUUACCACCAUAUUCUUCUAUAGAAAUUUUGAAGGAAAGGCUUUUAUAUGCAAUCAAAAAUUGUACAGCUAUUGAUUUAGAUGCAUAUGUUGUUCAUGAUCAAAUGCAAUUGAUGUAUGAAGAUUAA